GUCCUUCUGACGUCAUGCCCUCACCCACAGCAUAUUCCUGCAGCUCACCAACACCAGCAGAAGGUCCUACCUCGGUAAUGCCAGAGCUAGAGGGCGGUCCAUCUGGGAGGCCAUUGCUUUGGAGUAAGGCCCUGUUAGUUUUGGUGAUUCUGCACCUAGUUGUGCUAUCUAUUUUCCCUUCUUUCUAGAUCACUUUCCUCUUUAUUCUUUUUGCUGUAUUGUUCAGUAUUCACUGAGCAUUCUAUAAUUUCGCCUUUGUGGCUGACUUGUUUACCUUUGUUUACAAAACUUCGGACUAGUAUUGCAGAGUCCAGUAUUCCUAUUCUUUAGUUACUCAUACUGGACUCUAGGUACUGUACACAUUCUGUACUCUCUGAUAAUAUAGUUACUCAUACU